AUGGAGGGGGAGCAGAGCGAAAGAGAGACAGAGAAGCAGCAGAGGGAGACGGGGGAGGAGACGGGAGACAGCGCGAAGAGGAGACAGUCCCUGCCUGCAGCAGCACUAGCACCAACACUUGCAGCCAGCGGUCACUUCCUUUGGAUUGGAGACAGAACAAGACAACUCAACUUCGCCCACGUCGAGUUCUGCCGGGGAGUGAUGAAUCCAAUAGGCGUGAAGGUGGGCCCGAGUGCAGAGGCGAGAGAAAUUGUGUCUCUUUGCAUGCGACUGAACCCCCACAAGGAGAGCGGAAAGCUGUCUCUAAUUACGCGGUUGGGCGUACACCGCGUGCGAGACUGUUUGCCUCCUCUAGUGGAGGCGGUGCAUGCGGUGGGUCUCUUCUCCUGA